UUUUACACAGUGCCCCACCCCGUGCGACGUCAGCACGCUCAGCUGAUAUAAGGACCAGAGCCCGAAGGGUAGAGGUCUCCACUCUGGAACGCGGAGACUUCAGCACUGACACCAGGAGGCAGACGCCCUGCGAAGGACAGACGUUGGCAGGGCAGGCAGAGGGGAACUAAGGGUUCCUGUGACUCCAUCAGUACCAGAGCAGCUGCUUGGUGCCACAGCAUCCUGCGCCAGAAGGGUUUAAAUGCUUAGUGUGACAGCAUCCUGAGCCAGAAGGAAGGGUUUAAAUGCCAGACGGCAUUUAAAAACUUGUGGGUUUCUCUGUGUAACCUCGGCUGUCCUGGAACUGACAUUGUAGACCAGGCUGACCUUGAACUCAGAGACCUGCCUUCCUCUGCCUCCCUGAGUGCUGGUAUUAAAGUUCCUGAGAGGUCCCAACAAGACGUUGUGCCACCACUUGUAGCUUGAGAUCCCAGCCUUUAGCCAGGGAAACAUUUCAAUUAACAGUUGAGAAGAUGAAUUUCUUGGAAGGUCCAGAGUCGAGCUUUGCUGAAUGUAUCACAGAUGGAGGAAAAGCCACCCUUGGGGUUAGGCAAAGGGCGGGAAUGGACCCUGCUCAGCGGAUGAGACAGAAUGAGGCCAUCUCGCAAGCAGUGUGUGCUCUGCUGAAUUCUGGUGGGGGAGUGGUCAAGGUUGAGAUCGAGAAUGAAGACUACAAUUAUGAGAGUGAUGGAGUGGGCCUGGAUCUGCCGCCAUUGUUCAGAAAUCAUGUAGAUGAGAUGCUGCAGGGAAAACUCUUUUUACUAUUUGUGAACUCAUGGAACGUGGCAGCCUCAGGUGUGCGGCUCGCCACCUUGUGUUCCAAUCUGUACCAUAGACGUGGAACAUCUACUGAGGUCAUGGAUUCUCUAGAAGCCCUACUAUUCCUCCGAAGAAAGGUUCAGGCUUGUGGGAAUUUUGAUGAUCCCAACUUAUUAAAUCCACAGGCACUUGCGGUUGAUGAUCAGGUGAUCUUAGCUUCUGAUUUAUUUGGUAAACAGCAGCUUCAGUACCUGGAAAAACUCAGCUUUACAGAGUCCCUACACGUUGAAUUUCAAAUGUUCUCGGCAGACCUUUCCCAGGGCAUUAAAGAGAAACUCCCCAAGUGUGUUUCUGCGCUUGCCAAUUCUGAAGGAGGAUAUGUGUUUUUCGGUGUGCAUGAUGAGACCCGUCAAGUCAUUGGAUGUGAAAAGGAAAAGGUAAAUCCUUCCACCUUGCGGACUACUAUUGAUGGCUGCAUCAGGAAGAUGCCUGUCCACCACUUCUGCUCACAAGACCACAAAGUGCAAUAUGACAUCAACGUCCUUGAAGUGUAUGAUAAGGGGGCUCUCCGUGGGUACGUCUGUGCAAUCAAGGUGGGACAGUUCUGCUGUGCAGCGUUUGCCAAAGUGCCUGACUCCUGGGAGAUGAAGGACAAUCAGAAGAAGCAGCUAGCCACAAAGGACUGGGCAGCUUGGAUGAUAGAAACUGACUCAGAUCUUUCCAGUUUUCCUCAGAUGGUCGUCUCGAGGAGGACUGUACACACCACACCCCGCAGCAAGACUGUGUACAUACAUAAGAAUUUGAAGAGUGUGGAAGAAUUGCAGAAGGAUUACUUUCCAGUGUCACCCAACAGGAUUACAUAUACUCCAGAAUGGCUCUACAAGGACCUCAUCUCAGAGCACAGAGGACUCAGAAACUUAAUAAACAUGGAAAUGCGCUCUGUCUCUCAAGGGAUACUGAUUUUCUCCCACAGCUGGGCUGUGGACCUGGGUCUUCAAAAGAAGCAGGGUGUCAUCUGUGAUGCUCUUCUGAUUUCCCCAAACAAUGUCCCAAUCCUGUACACCAUUUGCAACAGGUGGGAUCUGGGGUACAGGAAGUAUUCUAUGAUAGUCUCCCAGACCCUGAAGCAGAAGCUGGUGAACAUGGGCGGAUACACUGGGAGAAUAGGCAUCAUUCCCUUGGCCUUGCAGCUGGGUCAAACACGAAGGGACAGGUUAGAAACGCCCAUUUACCCCGAAUCCUAUAACUUCACAAGUGUGCAGCUGAUGGAAGCUCUGUUGCAAUCCCUUGUGAUCGUCUCAUUAGGGUUCAGAUCCUUCCUAAGCAAAGAGUUUAUCUCUGAGGUGGUGACGCUACUCACAGACCAGCAGUACCAGCUGCUUUUAAAGGAUCUUUGCAAGAACAGAAAGCUGUUUGUUCAUGGCACACCUGGAUCAGGGAAGACCACUCUGGCCCUCAGGAUCAUGGAGAAGAUUAGGAAUGUGUUCAGAUGUCAAACUGACGACAUUCUCUACAUCUGUGAGAACCAGUCUUUGAGGAGGUUUGUGAGCCGGAGAAACAUCUGCCAGGCAGUGACACGGACAGCCUUCAUGAGAGAUACCUUUGCUAACAUUAAACACAUUGUUGUGGAUGAAGCUCAGCAUUUCCGAACUGAAGAUGGGGACUGGUAUGCAAAGGCAAAAUCCAUCAUCCAGAGAGGGAGAGAUGGUCCAGGAGUUCUCUACGUUUUUCUGGAUUAUUUUCAGACCAACCACUUGUGUUGCAGUGGCCUCCCUGAGCUCCAGCACCAGGAGCCAGUUUUGAAGCUCACCAGGAUGCUCCGCAAUGGAGACAACAUAGUCAAUUACCUACAAGGGAUAAUGCAGAAAAUCAGAGAUAAUCCUCCCCCAAAUGUCCCCCCAGAAGCCCUGAACAUGGGCCAAGAACUUGAAUUGACUCCAAAGGUCACAGACAGUUUAGAGACUUACUUGAAAUUGGAACGGAUGGCAAACUUUAUAGCAGAGAAGUGCUGGUGUCUCUGGGGGUCUGGCUAUUAUUACCCCAGGGAUGUUGCUAUUCUUUGCAACAAAGCCAAAGAUGUAGUAAAAUUUAAAGAAAAGAUUCUCCUAGCAUUGAGGAGGAGGACCAUGUCUCAGACCAGUGUAGCAGUGCAGGUCAGGGAGGAGUUGGAUAAUCCGGGGAAUCACAUCGUGUUGGCUGCUGUUCACCAAUUUUCAGGCAUGGAAAGAAGCAUAGUGUUUGGGAUCAUUCCAGAGGGAUCGGAGACAGACAUUUCUUACAAUGUUCUGCUCUGCCUGGCUUCCAGGGCAAGAACCCAUCUGUACAUUAUAAGGGUUUAGCUUUGAUAAGAAGAUACCAGUCUUCAAUUAGAUAGGGCUGGUCUCUGGAUGACUUUGAAACUCUUUGAUUUCAACAUUUACACAGCAAAACAUUUCCUGUACAGCCACCUGCCAAGUCAUGUACUCUCCUCGAUUACAAGCGCGAAGAAUUCAGAUAGUAGUAAGAGAGACCAGGGUAAUUAGCUGGCACUGAGAUCUUUUUCUCUCUUAUAGUUGUGUGUGUGUGUGGUGGUGGUGGGGGGGGAUAUUGUGGUGCACACCUUGAAUCCCAGCACUUGGGAGGCUGAGGCAGGUGAAUCUCUGUGAGUUCAAGGCCAGCCUGGUCUACAAAGUGAGUUCCAGGACAGCCAGGGCUACACAGAGAAACCCUGUCUUAAAAAACAGAUAACAACAACAAAAAGACAAAAGGGUCAAAAAACAAUAUGCUGGGGAAAUGCUGGCAGCAAAGGUCAUAAUUUAGUUUCUUUCCCCCUCUAAAGUUCCUAUACCUGGUAGUUUAAUCGCAACACUCAGGAGGCAGAGGCAGGUGGAUCUCUGAGAGUUUGAGGCCAACUUGGUUAAUAUAGUGAGUUCCAGGCCAGACCGGGUUGCUUAGCGAGACCUUGCUUCAAAAAUUUCUUUUCUAUACAUAACAGAAAAUUUCCAGGAUUAAAAGAAAGUAGGACAAAGAAUGCAAUAGGCGGGGCUGGAAAGAUGGCUCAGUGGUUAAGAGCGCUGCCUGCUCUUCCAAAGGUCCUGAGUUCAAUUCCCGGCAACCACAUGGUGGCUCACAACCAUCUGUAAUGAGGUCUGGUGUCCUCUUCUGGCCUGCAGACAUACAUACAGACAGAAUAUUGUAUACAUAAUAAAUAAAUAAAUAUUUUUUUUAAAAAAAAGAAUGCAAUAGGCGGAAUAGGUGGAAAGGCACAGGAGUUUAAAUAGUUCCUACACAUAGAGUGAUUGCUUAUGGGGGCAGCAGUGUGGCAUAACCAGCAGGAGUGAUGACGUGCCAUUUAGUGGGAAAUACUUCCGUGUACUGUACUUCCAGAAGGAUCUAGCAAUGACCAUGAGAAGCUUGAAUGCUUAUAAAUUUAGCUUGAGAUUCCUCUCUAAGGCACUUACUCUCACAGAGAACUCACACAUGUGCAAAGAUUUCUGGGUGGAAGUAUAGGGUUUUGCUUCUAGUAGCAGAAUGCAGAACAGUAGUAAUGUUGAUUCAGAUGGCUAGAAGGGAGUAAUUUGCAGACUGUCACAGCAUCCAUCACGUCAUGGAGCCAGAAAAGGUGAGAUCUUCAUCACAUUUGUGUGGGACCGUCUCUAAGAUGUUUUGUACUGUGAACAAAGCAUCAUUCAAAACCAUGUCUAUCUUAUGCUUCCAGAGUUGAGUCGUUGCUUUUAGAUGCAUUAAGGAUUUUUGGAAAUGUAUCUUAAAAAUUGGUAGCAGUAUUUGACUCUGGGGAAGGGAAAUUGAUGCCAAAGGGAGCACCCAGCUUUUGCUUUUUAUGACUUUAGGUUCUGUACCAUGUAAUACUCGAUGGGAUCUUGCCUUGGGUGUGUUUUUACUUAUGAAUGUAAUGGCUUUAUGAAUCACUUUCUCAGUUUUUAUCAACCUGUAUCCCAGAUAAGCAUUUCAUAGUCAGAGUGAAUGUUGAUGUAUAGUGAGUGGGGGAUUUGAAAACUACACAAAAUAGAUUUUUACCACAUAGAAUUUUGAAGUGCUGACUCACUGUCAUAUUUGUUUCAAGCUUUAUUUUUUUUAAUAAAGGACAUAAACUAU